AUGAAAAUUUUCAUCUUCCUUGCCUUGACUCUCUUUCUCCAUGGCGCUCUUGGGGAAUUAUUGUGCGAGGAAUUGUCGACUGGAUUGUGUUCAUUCUCAAUCGGCUCCUCUGGAAAGCGAUGCCUAUUAGAGACAUACGCAUCAAAUGAUGGAACUAUGGAUUUCCAAUGCAAGACAUCUGAAGGUUUUGCAAUUAACUUGUACGAGUAUAUUGGGGCUGAUGAAUGCUGUUACCAGAACUGUCCCAACAUUGUCGAUCUUUAUUACAAUUUGGCUCUCGGAGAAGGAGCAUUUUUACCUGAUCUGUGCAAAUCUCAACGAAUAAAUUCACACCGUUCAAUGGUUCAAAUUCAAAGUUCUGGUGCAGCUCUUGGUCAUAUUCCUGCUGCUGGUCCUAUGUCUGCUUUUGCUCCUUCUCCAUCUUCACCUGUAUAUUGUGCUCCAGCUCCAAUGUAA